UAUUAUAUUAUAUUAAUUUUAUCUUUGUCGUGUCUGUCGUUUAUCUCAUGAAUAUGUUUAAGUGUUAUUCAAUAAUAAUAUAUAUUUUUUAUUGUCAAUAAAGUCGAAAAAAAAAUCCGUUUAUCGAUCUUCGCGUUUUGGUGAUUUUCCUCUGGUAAUCUAUUCACACAUUAUUAGUUGUCACAAAACUGCAUAAUUCGGUUACAAAAUAAUUAAAUGAUAUGUGAUUAUAAGUUAUAAUAAUUGUAAUAAUAUGUGACGAUGAGUGUCCGCGGUGUUUGACGGAUACGCGAUCUACGUGAGGAUUUACGCUCUUAAAUUAUGACCGUUUCGUACUCGCGUCUCGUAGCCAACGGAAGUAGUUUUGGAUGUUUUGGCAGUAUACUUUGCAAAUGGCGAGGAAGCGUCUACAAGCUUGUAUGGAGGGAAUUAGCAGCCUAUUUAGUGGUUUAUUUUGCCAUAAAUUUAGCAUACAGGUUUGCAUUCACCGAAGCCCAGCAAAAACUGUUCAUAAAAAUCCGGUGUUACUUGGCCGGUCAUUCCGCGAGUGUCCCGUUGACGUUUGCUAUGAGCUUCUAUGUCGGUUUGGUGGUAAAACGAUGGUGGGAACAGUAUAGGUUAUUACCUUGGCCCGAUACGUUAGCCCUUUUUGCAAGCGCGGCGAUACCGGGGACAACAGACGAAAGAGGGCGGCUAAUGAGGAGGAACAUAGUAAGGUACGCGGUACUGGCAUAUGUUAUCACUUUGAAGCAAGUGAGCAUAAGGGUGAAAAAACGAUUUCCCACAUUACAACACAUCGUCGACGCCGGUUUGAUGAUGGAUAGCGAGAAGGAGAUACUGGAAGCAGUGGAAGCGAAGACUGCGAUGACCAAUUAUUGGAUCCCGUUGACUUGGGCCACCAACAUCAUAAAUCGAGCCAGAAGAGAGAAACUGAUAUCCAACGAUCACAUGGUACAGACAAUACUGUUGGAGAUGUCCGACAUGAGGUACAGACUGGGAUCGCUGAUUGGUUACGAUAAUGUCAACAUUCCCAUUCUCUACUCACAGGUGGUGACGUUGUCGUUGUACGCUUAUUUCGGCGCUCAGCUUAUCGGAGCUCAGAUGGUAGAGCCUCCGGCAGAUUGGGGAUUCAAAGAUUUUAAAGAGUUCGACCUAUACGUACCGAUCCUGACGAUUAUCGAGUUUUGUUUCUUCGUCGGAUGGCUGAAAGUGGCGGAAGUUCUCAUUGGACCUUUCGGCGAAGACGACGACGACAUAGAGCUCAACUGGUUGAUCGACCGCCACAUAAAGGCGGCUUAUAUGAUCGUAGACGAAAUGCACGAAGAACACCCGGAACUACUGAAAGACCAGUACUGGGACGAGGUAGUGCCCAAAGACUUGCCGUACACAGUGGCAUCGGAACACUACAGGCGCGAGGAGCCCAAGGGGUCGGCUGAGUGCUAUAAGGUCAAGGAGUCGGAUUCGUUGUAUGCGAACAUGGCACCAAUGCAUCACAUGCACAGGAAGACCGCGGUGCCCGAGGACGUGUACGCAGACUACGAGAGCGUUGACACGCCAAUGGCUGAACGCCGUAAAAAUUGGUUCCAGAGGCAAAUACAUCGAGUGGGAUCGAUUAGAUCGUCAUCGACAACUUAUUCGUCUGGUGGUCUAUUCAAUCGAACCAGGCACAAUUCAGUGUAUUCGAGCCCGGAAAAUGGCUUACCCGUGUCAGCAGGCAUAAACGGUCACGGCCACAUCAACGGCAUUAACGGGAGCACACCACAUUUGCAAAAGAUAACGCUGUACGACCGACUGUGGGGUAGGAAAUCUAUGAAAAGUCGACGAGGUAGUACUCAAGGUUCGAACAAGAUUAAUGGACAAAUGAAUGCCAGAGGAAGGCCUAGAAUUCCGACGCCGGAUGUGCAAAAGGACGGUGCUGUCGAUAAGGACAACAAACAGAAUAUGUCCGUCAACGGUUCUACUCAGUCAGGAACAUAUCCGUCAGAUUUGCCCGCAGUCGUACAGGUGGUGUUAUCGCCAAUCCAAGAAAUGGACCCCAACCUGUCGGGCACGUUGCACAACCAGCGCCGAGUGGCCGGCAGCAUGGGCGUUUGCCAGGGCGUGCUGAACCCGGCAUUCACCGGCACCGCCGUGUACACUACCAUGUCGGUCAGCCCGAUCGCCAUGUCCACGGUGUCCAUGAGUCGGCCACUGCUGUCGUCGCUCGGCAUCACCGCGGCGUCGGCGACGGGCGGCGCGACCACGCCACCCGCGCAGCCGUUGCUCAUCACAGACGUCACCGCGGCCACGGUGGCCGCUGCGCACCACUCGGACAAGGACGACAGCGCGUGCGGCGGCAGUUCCAGCGGCAGCGUGUCCAGUACGGACGACCGGAAGACGCCGGCGGCCAACAGGCGCAAGAGGGGCGAGGUGUACGUGUAGAUCGGCCGUUCCGUUUUUCCAGUUUCUUCCGUUAAUCAUAAUCAUUUAGUUAAUAAUAAUAAUAUUAUAAU